AGUACAAGCUUGUCAGCUAUUUCACACCAAGGAUAACAGUCGCACUAAACGGUUCCUCUGACACCGGAAUGCAAUAUAGAUGAUCAAGUUUUACCUGCAACUUCGACAGUCUUCUCUGAUAGAAAAUAUUUCUGAUAUUGAUAUCUCCUGGACUGAUAAAUUAAAGGACCGAUGCCUGAUGUAUCUGACGGUUAGUGGCUCUGUAAGAAAGAGACUUGCAUCAAGUUAACUCGUGGCAUCUGCAGACAUCGAGUGACUUACCUUCAGUAUUAAAAGAAGGGCAGACAAAAUCAACCAAGUUAAAUUGCAUCUUCACAAUGUAAUACAACACAUCUCUCUAUGUUAAUCACCUACCGGUAAUCCAAAUUCAUUCAUAAUUUACAUGUUCGUCUAAAUUUUCUAUCAAAAUAUUUCUGCUUCUAAAGAUAGCAAUAAAUCUGCAAUUUACAUCACAGGUACAGCCGUUUUAAGUGCACUAUGGCAAAAAUUGUUAUUUUUAUCACUUUAUUUAUCUUCGCUCAUGAUGUGUGUAGAGGAAUAUCCUCAAUGCAAGGUCAAGAAGCCAAUAUGAUUUUUCCAUAUCCAUGUGAUAGUACCGAAGUAACAUUACAGUAUUCAUACAGAUGGCCAUUUUAUAGUUUAUCAGGUGGCUCAUCACUGUCUUUGCCUGAUAGUCAGGCUCAGAGAUUUGAAGUAAAGAAUAUUAUUAACAAUGGGAGCUGCUCUCUAGAUCUUACCAUAAAGGAUCUCAUGAGAUAUGAUGAAGGGACAUACAUCUUGCUUGUAUACAAGGAUGGUAACAUAAUAGGUGAUCAUACAUAUAGGAUAUACCUGAAGGUAGACUAUCCUCCUGAUAAAGCAAUUUGUGUUGUGGGUGAAGAUUAUGAUACAGGAUGGGUAGCAGUAGACUGUACAGCCAAUGCUAUAAGUCUACCAGGAAAGAUUGAAUGCUAUCAAAAUGGUUUAUUGAUGCCUAAAUUAAUAGACCCUGCUGUGAGAGGCUCUUUAUUGAAACAGACGAUAAUCAUAAGAAAAUCAGAGCCAGCGUAUUGUUGCUCUUCUGCUUUGAAUGUAAAUAAAUCAAGAUGUGAAUGUGAUGAUACUGUCUUGUUUCAAGAUGAAUUCCACAGGAAAGACCCAUGUCCUACCAUCACAGCACAAAUGUCAACAGAGUUGAUUAUAACGUCUUUGAACUCUACAGACUACCCAUCAUCAUCAUCAUCCACUAAAUUAGUGGAUGAUGAUGAUGGGUAUGCAAUGGAAAUAACCAGAAAUGAAGCAGUUUUCAUAUGUUCUGUUUGUGCGGUAUCUGUAGGCACAUUAUUAAUAUUAAUCGUAAUUAUCACGAAGGUCUACUAUAAACUGGUGCAGAAUCACACAAAUAGUAAUGUUGCAUCAAAGUGCCUGUCUACAAGAAUUGAUAUUGAUAAUGAUGAAGAAUGUGCUAAGGAGAAAUUGAAUCCAAAUCAAGAAUGUGCAGAUAUCUCUGGUAAAUUAAAAACAAUUGAUGUAUAA